AUGGAAUCCUCAUCUCAAGAAAUUCUCACAUCUAAGGAACGACAAAUCCUAAAUUCUCAGAGAGAAAUCGACUGGCUCCAACGACAGAUUCAGAAAUACGAAAAAGAUUUUGAAACUCCAGCUCCAUCAACGAGCAAUGUGAGCCAUGAUGUCAAUGAGGAUCUUGUGCGAUAUAAAGCUAGAGUAGAUGAAUUACGUUCCGAAGUUAGCGCAUUCUCUCAGUUUAACCUCGGAAAGAAUCAUAUUGUUCAAAACCUCGAAGCUUCUCACUUCACACGCCAAGCACUCUACCCAGACAGUUCGGACCACGCGAGAUUAAUGCAAAGUCAGCCAGUGCAAGUUGCGAUAGACAAAAGAGAUGCUCUCGUAGUUGAGUUCAUGAAGGAAUUUGAAGAGUUACGAGCAAUCAAAGAACAACUGUCUGUAGUAGAGCGCCAGGUUCUUGCACUACACCAGGAAAACAGACAACAAAUGGAAUCUAUUGAAAUGGUAACUGGUAUACCAUUAACCGGUCCAAUUGGUUCUAGUGAUAUGAGUAGUCAACUAUCUUCUGAAGGGAGCCAAGGGCGCAUGAGACAAGAUGGUUUGAAGGACAUGCAAUAUCACUUGGAGGUCACACGAAACGUGCUACUGAAGCUUAUAAUGGAGAGUAAUAUCGAUUGGGCCAGUGACCCUCAUUGGCUAGAGGUCGUACUUCGUAUAGGAACCGAGUUAAAUUAG